GAGGAGACGGACGCAAGUGCAGAAUAAACAACCAGGAUAUUUAAUAAAGAACAGUGUUAAACUGCUGAAAGAGGUGAAGCACAAGCCAUCCAGAAGAAUCUCCUGAAAACGCAGAAAUUGUUUGCUACAUUUCACAGACAGAUGGAGCCAAGUCCCAACAUGGAGAAACAUCAGCACUCUGUCAAGAGUUUUACUAAACAGAGUGAUCUCAAAAAACACCAGCGCAUUCACACAGGAGAGAAACCGUAUUACUGUUUCGACUGUGGGAAGAGUUUUACUAAACAGAGUAAUCUCAAAAAACACCAGCGCAUUCACACAGGAGAGAAACCGUAUCACUGCUCAGACUGUGGGAAGAGUUUUAAUCAACAGAGUGAUCUCAAAAAACACCAGCGCAUUCACACAGGAGAGAAACCGUAUCACAGUUCAGACUGUGGAAAGAGUUUUACUAAACAGAGUAAUCUCAAACUGCAUCAGCGCAUUCACACAGGAGAGAAACCGUAUUACUGUUUCGACUGUGGGAAGAGUUUUACUGAACAGAGUGAUCUCAAAAAACACCAGCGCAUUCACACAGGAGAGAAACCGUAUCACUGCUCAGACUGUGGGAAGAGUUUUACUCAACAGAGUAAUCUCAAAAUACACCAGCGCAUUCACACAGGAGAGAAACCAUAUCACUGUUCAGACUGUGGGAAGAGUUUCACUUUACAGAGUGAACUUAUAUUACAUCAGUGCAUUCACAAAAGAUAGAAAAGUAUCCCAAAUCUGUUCCUCUGCCAUAAAAAAUGCAAACCUUAAAUCUUUCAGACAGCCAAAAACACCUCAUCAUGCACAAAAUCUUCACUCUGUUACAAGAACUUCAUUUAAAAAUGGCUUUUUACAGGUUCAGAAAAAUGAAUCUUAUCCAGAGAUGAUGUUUACUGAAUUUCAUGCUGUGUUUUUAUGUUUGUUUGUAUACCUACAUUAGUUAAUGCCUGCAGAGCUCUUCAACACUUAGUGUUGUGUUUUAACCCUUAUGCCCUCCUCGGGCAUUUUUGUACAUUUUUUUCAACUUUUUUUUUUCAUUUGGUGAUCAUUUUGGCUAUGUUGCAGCUAGUGGCAUGAAUUUUUGCAGAAAAUCUGCUUUUUCAUUAAAUUUUUGAAAUCUAUUGUCUUUUACUCUUACACGUCAUUCAUACUCUCUGGAUGCAUUUUGCACCCUCUGGACACCUUCGUGGCAAAAAUGUACACGCACCAAAAAACUGCUCUUAAAUCAUUAUACAUCAAUAUUUUUUUUUGCUUUUUUUUCAUAAAUCACUUAAUCAAUUUCAGACCUACUCAAAACUACCAAACAUUAAAUAAUUUUCAGAAUUUUAACCCUUUAAAUGACAGUUUAAUUAUUUGAAUUAUUGCAUUUUGUUUUGCAAAAAAACACGAAAAAUGUAUUAUUUUCCAUAAAACAAACAGUGGACAGAUGGGGAAUUGGUGGUAAUUACAGUCUUGGAUAUGUCAAAGAUUAGCAACAAAAUUGUUUUGAUUGCAUUAUUAUUUUUUAUGUAGUGCCAGAUUUCAAAUUUUGCACCCUCUGGACACCUUCGUGGCAAAAAUGUACACGCACAAAAUCAGCAAUAAAAUCCUCAUAUUUCAAUA